AAAGAAACCCAAAAAUAAAUAAAACAAAAAAAAAGUUAAAUAAUUCGAAAGGGUAAACAUUCUGUAUGCAAAAAUUGAAAUUCUCGACAAAAACAUAAUUCAGUGAUCAAAUUAAAUCUCAACUCUCAGUCUUGAAAGUAUGAAAAACAUAAAGGUUUAGUUAUAAAUUAAGAAAAGUUUGUUAAAUCUAAUUUCGUAAGAAAAUGAAAAAAAUUCUUGCAAGAAACGAAGGCUGAAGCUAUACAAAAUGAAAUAUUGUGGUCAUUAAAUUAAAUACUAAAAAAUUUGAGUGGAAAUAAUUAAAAAAAGAAAGGAGAAAGAAAUUAAAUUACAAAGCCGUGCUUAAGUGAGAUACAAAAAGGAUAAUCCCACAAAUGAAUGAGUGUUGUAAAUUACUGUCCAAGUAGAAUAAAGCCAUCAAAUUAAGUAAUAUGGAGACAACGUUAUCAUCAUUAAUGACAACAUCGGUGGACGAGUUAGUUAACAAUUCGUCAAUGCUUGACUUUAUGUUAAAUCCUUCAGCAACGCCGACAACAUGUUCAGAGACUAGUGAGGAUUGUGUCAUAGAUCAUUCAGUAGUGUGUGUAGGUGAAGCUAUUUUCUGCAAUUUGUCAAGAGAAGAUUAUGAGAACUUACUGUACGAAUACAUUGCGCCGACCAUACCUGAGUGGAUUUUGAUCUUUUCCCAUAUUAUCGUAUUUCUCAUGGGACUGAUUGGAAAUGCGCUUGUUUGUCUUGCCGUCUAUACAAACCACUCGAUGAGAACUGUAACAAAUAUUUUCAUUGUUAAUCUUGCGGUUGCUGACUUUUUUGUGAUACUUCUCUGUCUCCCACCAACUGUUGUAUGGGAUGUGACUGAGACUUGGUUUCUAGGCGAGGUGCUUUGUAAAGUUGUAAUUUACUUUCAGACUGUCAGCGUCACAGUAUCAAUUCUGACAUUGACGUUCAUUUCAAUAGAUCGUUGGUAUGCAAUAUGCUUUCCACUACGAUACAAACCACAACCAGGUCGUGCAAUGGUUUGGAUUGCCAUCAUUUGGACGGUUGCGCUUUUAUUUGAUUUACCGGAAUUCUUCGUUUUGCACUUGGCACAUCGAAGGCUACGAUUUGAUAUCCAACUUUUCACACAAUGUGUUGCUUCGUGGAGUGCUGAAGAUGAAAAAUUGUUCAACAUUAUAAAAGCUAUCUUUUUAUAUACACUUCCACUGACCCUGAUGACAAUCGCUUACUUCCAAAUUGUGAGAGUACUUUGGAGAUCGGAUACAAUACCCGGACAUAGUAAUAUAAAAGUUCAAAAGCCUAGCUAUUAUAGAAAUAAAGUCAAUCAUGCAAGUCAUGGAGAAUCAAAUGCGACGACAAUGGGACAACUUCGUGCAAGGAGAAAAGCUAGCAAAAUGUUAGUUGCUGUAGUGAUAAUGUUCGCUGCUUGCUAUUUUCCUGUUCAUGCCCUCAACAUCAUUCGUUAUACGUAUACGGAUAUUGAUCAAAGUGAAGUUGUUUCAGUUCUUUCCCUUCUUUCUCAUUGGCUGUGCUAUGCGAAUUCAGCAAUCAAUCCUCUUAUUUAUAACUUUAUGAGUGGAAAAUUCAGAAGAGAAUUCCGAAAUGUUUUGGAACGUGGGCAUUGUUUAACUUUGAAAAGUCAUCAAAGAAGUAAUCAAUGGCAGUCUCAAUAUCGAUCAAGAUAUGCAAAUGAAGACCAAGAACAUUCAUUUAUACAUUCAACAACUCACAUGAUUCAUAUAACGCCUAGCAGCUUGAAACGAAACUAUGCAUGUCCACCGCAAACCUGUCAAACUUCAUUUACCAACGGUGGCACCAGUCGAGAAAAUUCUUCAUGUUUAAAGGGUCCCAGCUUUACAGCAAAACGAAAUUAAUGUUUCAAUUGAAAUUAAGAGAAAAUAAAGUUUCUUAGAUGUUUAUCGUGGUUCAUAAACUUUACAGCUGGUAAAAAUUGAAUAAACUUUCGAAUUAAUUAUAAAUUUCAUGCUGUCCACAUCAUUACAGAAAGUGUAAGUUAAAUUCAAAAUAUUUUUAUUGUGUUUCAAUUAUAUCACAUUUAAUUUCCUUGUGUUUCAUGCAAUUGAAAGCUGAUUCAUUUAAUAAAAAGGGAAAAAGAAGAAGUUUUGAGAACAAUUCCAAAAUAUGGUAGUAACUGGAAAAACUUUUUUUAUUCUAACUUCAAUCAAAACGUCA